AUGAAAUCGUCGUCACGUCCAACAAGCAUGUGUAUGACGCCUCGACAAGAUCCACUGACUUUUGAGGUUCUUCCCCAAGAAGGCUUGAAAAAUGAAAGUGUGGAGUUUAUACUAGGAAUGCCAUUGAAUCAGGUGCUAACACUUAUACAACAUAAUGCUAGGAUUUUAUCGAACAUCGAGUUGAUGUAUUCCAGAAAGGAUCCGCUCGGACGAGACAUCUGCGUUUAUUUGAGCAACGAUGGUAUUCGUUUGCUGUUUCAUCCUGUCACGCAACUUUUGCGGCUGAUCGAGGUCGACAAUUUGUCUCAGAUAGUGCUAAAGUAUAAAGAGAAGAUCUUUUCUGAACCUGGCGCUGAAGUUAGCAUGGACAAAGUUGAUGAAUUCUUUGGUUCUACGCAUCCUGGAGGUUAG